AUUCCAUUGCACCAGUAAUUCGAGCUGCCUUGAUUUUGGAAAUAUUUUCAAGCACAUUGAGGUUUAGCGAAAGAUUUCCACGUUAAGUGAGUUAGACGUCGUAUAGUGAGAAAACGAAGCCCCAAAUCCCAAAUCCAAGGUGUUAACAUACCGAAGUGUAAUAACGAAAUAGACAGAACCAUGAUUUGGCAUAGGUCAGGAGCGAAAUGCAGGCAGGCAACUGCUGGGCUACACCUCGAUAGUGGAAAAUAGUCAACCUUUGAAAUGUAGGCCAACGCCAAGCCUUGUGUGCCACAUACUACUGUGCUAUGUAUGUAAUCCUGGCAAAGUGCGGCGAGUAAAUAGAGAUAGCUCUGCUCCAGGUUUUGGAUGCUGCAACAAAUCCUGGCAGUAUACAAGGGACGUGACAGUGAUUUAGACGUAUUUCCGUAGACUUUUCACACGGCUAUAGGCAAAGCAAAAGCAAGAGUGAAUUUCAUUAGUGAAUCAAUCUGUGAUAUAAGUUUUUAAUAUUUAUUCCUAUAAUUAUUGAAGUAUAUUUUAAAAUCGUUUACACAAAUAUAUCGUGAUUUAAAAGGAUAUAUAUCAGAGCACCGAUAACUUAUAACAUGCGACACCUGACUGAAAUGUUUAAAUACGGUUUAUUUUAACUAAAGCUAAGGACCCGCAGAAAAUAUGCAGAAGAGCAAGAAGACGACAAUAAUUUCUUUGGAUCGGUAUUUCACCUAACAAAAAAUAUUAAAGGAAAAUCGCAUAUACUGCUUGCUCCACUUUUUUUACGAGUAUUCACUGGAACAUUGAACCAGGACAAGGAGCUCAACUUUUUUGGAGUGAGAACAUAUAGCUAUAGAGCACAAAUACUAUAUAGGAAUGUGGUCAGCAGCAUUAUGCACUCUCGGUGUUUCUAAACCAAUUUGGGGAUGCAACUGUCUAAACUUUCGGCAAGGAAUGGCUUCGGAGUCUCGCGGCAAGAGGCCUUUAAAAAUCUGGGACAGUUGGCGCAAUGUCCGCAAAGGUCUCGUCGUAGGUAGUUUCGAGGAACUAAUAGUUAGAGGGAAAGACAAACUAGGAGUACCAGCGUCGGAACCGGUUCGGUUGGUUCUAGAAUGCGAUGGCACUCAAGUAGAGGAUGGCGAAUACUUUCGAACGCUAGCGAACAAUACUGUGCUGUUGCUGUUGCGGCAGGGAGAGAGGUGGUACCCAACAGGUGUCGAUGUGAUCAAAGCUGCGAUAUCUGCCAUACCUAAAAUCGUCUGCGAGACUAUACAUGCCUUGGAACUGCAGGAUGAAACACCAUCUUGGAAGAUUAUGGAUAACAAGGGACGUGUCACCGUUGUUUUACACUGGGAUCAACGACAGGGUGGUCAAGGAGGAGGCCAAGGAGGUGGCAGCGGUGGUAUCGGAAGCAGCGGAGUAUUGAGCAAUGGUCCUAGUUCAGAGAAGUUUUCACCUUCGAAGAAAAGCUUGUCGACCCAAAACUCCCUGGACAAAGGUUCGGUUUCCAGUCAACAACGAUAUCCUAGUCCACAGAUAACGGUAAUUAAUCACGAUGAUCCGCAGUCCGCCAUAUACCACUCAGCCAGGCGGCUGUCGAAACAGGGCGGCUCGUUUGAUAGCGCUGUGGGAGCGGUGCAUAUUCACACUCCUGAGUGUGCCCAUCAUGCUCACACUCCUACUAGGGCGGGAAGUCCCGGAGCAACCGAAUGUGACUUCCACUGCUGUGCACUGCACGAAGAAGGUCGGAAGAUUGCAGUUCACAAAAACGUGGCUACAUCCCCAAUCCAGGACGGAUCUGUCAGCCCACAACCGCCACCCAGCAGCCUUUCUGACUCCAGACGGACGUCGGCCUCUAAGGGACACGUACGCUUUCUGGACAUCGGCCCCGAGCGGGACAGUUCCGAAAGCGAAACAGAGAACACCGUCAUGGAGGACGAAACUGUCACGUCGGAAAAGUUUCUUCUAUUGAUCGAUCAGCUGUCGGUGGACCAGAAGCGGCAUCUUAGCAUAAAAGAUAUUGGAAUUAUCCUCGAACGACUGAGUUCCAAAAUCCUAGACGUAGAACGGUUGGAUCGCGAAAGCGAGUCUGACGAUUGUUACAACUGGACGAUCAAAGCAACGAUUCGUGGUGAUGCGUUACGUGAGUUAGGUGUUAUAUAUAAUGGUAAUUACUAUGCAAUAUCGGAACAUCCUGGUUACAAAGAAGAGAACGAAGAAAAUGGUGAAGAUGUGGAAGAGGAAGACGAAGACCGGUUAUAAGAAAUAAACGAAGGAAUGCAGUGACGGUAGUAAGCUGCACACAAUAGUUCGAAUUGGUUGGAUUGCUGGCAAUAGCAGGAGAAAAUUCAAAAACAAACUGUUAGCAGUACGUGCACAAAACUGUACGAGACGAGUGUGGAUCCGGGGUAUUGUUAGGGCGUGUGAUGCCACAAUCAGUGCCAUUUCGAGCUGCGUAUGGAACUGUGAAAUGGAAACCGGAAAGCGUAAACCACUCUCGAAAAACACAAAUGCUGCCAUUUAAACAAAAGAAAACAAAACACGUUUAAAAUAAAUACAUUAAUUUGUGGAAGUUAUUGCUAAUAAAUAACGAAAUAUCUGAAACCUAAAUAAAAACAUGGAAACGCACAUCAUUGUAACCGUUACAUAAAAAUGAAGCAAUUAAUAGAAAUCAAUCUAAUGCAACUGACUAAAUGAAAACCUGUGACGACAAAACGCGGAGGUGCACCCAGCAUAAACACAGUGACGAGACAAAGAAAAUAAAACGAACGUUCGAAAUUCAAAGUGAGGCCAAAAUGUGGACAAAAUUUUAAGAAGCAACAGAAAUGCAUACCUUAGGCAUCAAUCGUGUCUAAUUUCAUGAUAGAGUUAGUAGGUAAAACAAAAUGUGGGAUACGAUUGCCAUGAACUACAAUAACGGGGCAAAACCUUGUAAUCAAUAAUAAUGGUAAAAUAGUAAUACUGUAAUUACCGAAUUAAUAUAACUUGCAAAGAAGAGUAAAGAAGAAAAAAUACAAAAACCAGAUAAACACGUAAAUCCGCAGUCGUAUCGCCAUAAAACUAGAAUUUAAAUCAAAACAAAAUAAUAAUAUAUAUUAUAUUAUUAAUAAAUUAUGUAUUUAAAUACAUCAUUUCUGUAGAAAUGAUCCACUUUUUACUAAAAACAGAAGAAGACAUGAAACCAUAGUUAUGUAUCAAAUGAUUACCGGAUAAGUAAAUGUAUUUGUACACUUGCACAUAUAGCUGUGUAUACGUAUGGAUUCCUGCAUGUACGUGUGUAUAUUUGUAUGUGUAGAUGUGUAUGUGUGUGGAUGUGGGCAGACGUAAUGUUUGCGCCACAGAGUAAGCACAUAUUACGAGGGAAAAUUGGCUCGAUUCGAUUAUCUCGCAUUUGUGUUGCUUUUCACACUCUGAAUUAAGCAAAUCACAAGUAAUGGUCUAAUCUCGCACCAUCUAUAACUAAAAUAGUGAAAACAAAACAAACAUUAACAACUCACACUUAUUCUGGCACUAAACACACUACUACUGGUGAGAAUCACUAGGGACGUUUUAACGCAUACGUAGACACACAACAACUAUAUAACCGCUAGUAGAACGAACGCAACAACAACAAAAGCCACAACCAACUGAACUAAAACAAUUCUAUUAAACAAAAUUCAUCACCAACCCAUUAGUUCGUUGAAAAUGUGUGCACUUUCCAAGUCAUACUUACAUACACAUACACAUUCACGUACAUUCUUAGCAUUCGCGCAAAGGCAGGCGCCAUAGAACUAUCCAUGUUCACACACAAACACACGCGCAUGCAUCACAUCGUCUACACGUAUUAAGGUGAAAAAAAAAUCAUGUGCUGCUAUCACAACCACCAUAGAACAAAUCCGUAAAGAAAUCAGCGCAUACACACUGAAUCCUAGAGAAGCGAAUGUGUUGAUUCCUGAAGUUUGGUUCUCAUGUGAGAGAAUGUUGUACUUCUCAGUUUUGAAAUCAAUGUUGACUGGAGGAUUAUCAGUUACAGCCAAGAGAACUAAUUGAUAACGCAACGUAACUUUUUUCUAAAGUGAGAUUAAUGAGAAAAUGGUAUUAGCAUUGCAAAUCGUGUCAACUCUUUAUUGGUUAGAUUUAGAUCUUAGAUUGCAUAAAAUCAAUCUGUGUUCAUUUGAUUCCAUAGAGAAGAAAUAUGAAAAAAAAAACCAUGAAGGUGAAACAAAAAGUUGCCAAAUUAAAUAUGCCAAAAUGGAGGGAAUGUGGAAGACAUGCGUGUACUGCCAAAGGCUCCCCGCCCGAUUCGAAAUUCUAUCUAGCCAUCAUAUUUUUUCUAUCCGUGAUAUUUAAAGCGCAUCAGCGAGAAAAAAAAAUAAAAUAAAAAGGAGUGUUAAAAAUCGAAACAAUCAUUGGAUAUGUGUCAAGCUAAGGCCCGAAUUCAUUGUUGCCUCUUAUUUCCCAUUAUAUCUAGCCUCGAACAGGCUAAAAUAAAUAGAUUCAACCUUUUGAAAUAUUUUUGUAUUGUGUUUCAGUUUUACUUAAAAGAUUUUAUCAUUUCCAUUGAACAAUCAUUCAGAGCAAUUAAACAACUAGCAAAACUGCUCAUUUAGACAUGCGUCAGCAAUGUAUUUUUAGGAAACAAGAAAAGAAAGAGAAUACUCUACAAACGAGAACCGUAGGUAAACCAGAUUAAUAUAUUAUAAUCAAAACCAAAUUGUAAUGAACCCAUGAAUGGAUGCGUUACUUUGUUAAUCCACGUACAUAGGACAAAGCAAGGAAAGUUUUAAAUGAAUAUGAGAAAUAAAGGAGAAAUGAACAAAAACCAGUAAGAGAAUUGAAUUAUUUUAUACAAACAAGAGAAACACACAAGAAAGAAUCUCCUGCAAUGCAAGCUCUUACUUACAAAGCACACGACGAAGGAAUCCCUGCUUCCUUGUACUAACUCAUGAGUGAUUUCGUGCACAUAUUCGUUGUCCGACAUAAUCUCGAAGUAAUAUGACUGUGAAAUAAUUAUCAUUUUAUUUGUUGUCCGUCUCGUAUUGUUGAGCAUUUGCUAUUCAUUUGCCAUAAACAAUCAUGAAUCAAGAAAACGGCUCUUAUUUUUGCUUAACUAAAACUCUAAAAAAAAUCGGUCGAACGACAUAUACUGCAACUGAAACCUAUAUAUUUUGUACACAUAUUUCUAUGAACUAAUUAUUUGUUUAUUUGUAUGUCAAGUUACUACUUCAUCUAUUUUUUGUAAUCGAAAGAUAGUAACACAGACUAAAACUAAAGAUAAGUAACAUUAGAAACCAAUAGUUUUAAACUGUUUCUCAAAGAGAGCCAAAUGAAGCGAACUUAUUAACAAGAAACCCAGAUCAGAACGAAAAUAUAGAAUCUGAAAACUUUGAAAACCGACUUACCAAUCUCUCACAAGAAAUGGACACUACGACAAAAUCUCUUCGAUUUACAAAAUCCCUCAAUGCACUGAUGUUGUGUUCAAUUGAUGCUUUUCGAAUAAGAGCAAAGUAUUCUGAUAAUGUACUUUCCGCGCACUUAAGACACAAAUGUCCUUCUCCUAUUUCACACUAUGCUACUACAGACCUUGCAGUGUGGAGAGUAAGCCGCAAGCAUCAGCCAUCAGAUCAAAUACAGUAUUCAAACUCGAUUCCCGUUAUGGCACUGGCUAAGGAUCUUUUUAUCUUGCGCACCAUAUGCCGCCAAUGGUUGAUGGUCAUAGCACCCGACACCCAGUGAUAGGUGUGAUUCGUUUGGGAAUGUUAUUGUAGUAUCGAGAAAUCAAAUGAGUAUUAGUUUAAACAAAUAUCUGACACUGCCCUAAGCCCUGAAAAAAAACAUUAGUAAAGCCAAGUACUAAUAAAUCACAUUAAAACGAAAUGUGCGCAUGUUUUAUGAACAUUGAAAAAAAAACUAACAGCAACAUCAAAUCGAAAACAUAAAAGAAGAAAAAUCAUAGUGAAGGGCCGACAAUCCUUCAAAUUAAUUAAAUGAAAUAAACAAAACUAAAACUUAUAAUACUAUCGAUAUCGGUAAAAUAUUUUUUUAAAUAAAUAGUAACGAAGAAAAAAGAAGAGAAAAAUACCUAAGUCGAUCAAAACGAUGUAAUGGUUAUCGAUUGAAAUUAGCCAAACAAAAAGUGAAAACAUUGAUUAAGGUCGAAUUCAUUUAAUAUCUAGAAUUAUUAACCUAAUUAUUCAAGUAAAAUGAGAAAAUAAAACUAAAUAAACGGGUUUUGAAUAUAAUUCAACAAAAAUAGAACAAAAAGAGCAAAAUCGACGAAUAGACAAAUGAAGAAAAGGAAUAAGAAAAAAAUUGUUCAAACGACAAGAUGGAGACAGAAAAUAUGCAAAAAUAUAUGAAAAUAUAUUUAACAAAAAAUACAACCUAAUGUUUUGUAUAGAAUAUUUCUGUUAUAUUAUGUAUAAAUUAUUUAAAAUAAAUAAACUUAAUCGCUUAAGAAAAGUUUAAAAUAAAAUUAUAACACAGGUUGUUUAAAUUAAAA